AUGGCGGGAACUCGCGUUGAUGAGACCACGGGGGGUUGUUCGCCGGCGUGCGACCACGACGGCGGCAUUGAGACCGUCAUCGACGACCUCCCCGUGGACGUCCUGGGCAUCGUGCUCCGCUGUCUCGACGGCGCGUCCCUGGCAGCAGCUGGGUGCGCGAGCGCGGGAUUCCGGGAGCUCGCCAACGACCCCGACGCGUGGCGCGCGCUCUGCCUCCAGAUGUGGCCGUCGCUACGCCAAGUCGUCAGCUGCGGCGGCGACGGCGGCUACCGGGCGCUCUACGCUGACGCGUUCCCGUUCCCGGCCGCGUCACCCGCGGUGUCGAGCUCCCUCCCGGCGCGGCUCGUCUCGGCCGUUGACCUGCACCACAACGGCGUUUGCAUCAUGUCGCGCGUCGUCGAGACGGACGCCUCGUCGGCGUGGUUCCUGGGGUCACCGUUCCGCGUGGACGCGCUCGUCCAGGAGGGCUUCACGUCGCCGUCGCCGAUCACGCCAGGCGAUCUGAGGCUGAGCUGGAUACUGAUCGACCCGGCAACCGGCGCCGCCGUGAACGUCUCCAGCCGGCGUCCCGUGUCCAUCGGACGGAGGUGGGUGACCGGGGACUCCGUGGCGCGGUUCACUGUGAUGCUCGGCGGCGGCAUCGCGUUGGAAGCGGCGGUUAUGUGCGACGACCGGCACGGGCAUAUCAGGGAAAUAAGCCUGUGCGCGGCGGACGCCGAGGGUGGCGGUGUGAGCGGGCAGGACGGGCUGGCCGCGGUGGCCGCGGCCAUGGCGAGCGCGAGGCAGCGCCGUGGAGCGGAGGAAGCAUCGAGGCAGCUCUACGAGGAGUUCGCCAAGGGGAAGCGGGAAAGGAAGGAACGCAAGGAGAGGCGGGAGCGCAUCGUUGACCUCUGCUGCUCAGGCGUCGGCGCUGCAGCUUUCCUGGCUUUCUUGGUGAUGCUCACGUUCCAGUGA